AUGAAUGACGAUGAACGCCAGCAACGGGCAGUGACCCUAUCACAAGAAGCAAUUGAAUUGGAUAAAGCGGGACGUUAUAGUGAGGCAUUCGACCGCUACCUACGAGCAUUGGAUCAAUGGACCAUUGUCUGUAAGUACCAACAAAAUCCAGUGCUACAGGAUCGCUUCUAUGCAAAAAUGCGAGAGUACGUGGAACGUGCAGAAGCAUUGAAGCAGAUGCUAAAGGCUGGUAAUGCGCUAAAUGAAACAAAAGCACCAUGUGUUGGUACCGAUGACUCCCAAUCUACAGGAAUAUCCGAACAGCUAGAGGCACUCCUAGAGGUUAAACGCCCUCAUGUCAAGUGGUCAGACAUUGCAGGGUUAGAAACAGCAAAGCAAUCAUUACAAGAGGCUGUGGUUUUCCCAAUGCGUUUCCCCAAUUUGUUUACUGGCUCAUUGAAACCAUGGAGAGGCAUCCUUCUCUAUGGGCCUCCGGGAACCGGUAAAACUUAUCUAGCCAAGGCUUGCGCAACAGAACUAGAUGCAUCAUUUAUCGCAAUAUCAUCAUCAGAUGUAUUGAGCAAGUGGCUAGGAGAAAGUGAGAAGUUUGUGAAGUCACUCUUCCAGGCGGCCAGAGAACGAGCACCCUGUGUGAUAUUUAUCGAUGAAAUCGAUUCGCUUUGUAGCUCACGUAGUGAAAGUGAUAGUGAAUGUGGACGCAGGGUGAAAACGGAAUUCUUAGUGCAAAUGCAAGGUGUAUCUGAAGACAGUGACGGCGUAUUGGUAUUAGCAGCGACUAACCUCCCGUGGGCACUGGACUCAGCCAUCAUACGAAGGUUUGAUCGGCGUAUAUACAUCCCACUGCCUGAUUUGCAGGCCAGGAGGCAGCUCCUGGAGCUGUCGCUGAAAAGUUGUGAACAUGAACUCACGAGUGAUGACCUAGAUGAAUUGGCACAAUGCACUGAAGGGUACAGUGGGUCUGAUGUCAACGUAGUAGUUAGAGAUGCGAGGAUGCAACCAUUGCGAAAAUGCCGAGAUGCGUCCUUCUUCAAAAAAGUAAUACGCAAUGGAGAGGAGUUCUAUACACCAUGCGCAGCAGAUGAUACAGAUAAAUCCAAGCGCAAAUGCAAUGUAAUGUCUAUUGAACCUAAUAAACUGGCAUUGCCACCGCUAACUAAGGAUGAUUUUAUGUCUAUUCUGUCACGAGCCAAGCCGUCGGUGGCUCCCGGAGGUCUCCAUUCUUACAUAGAAUGGACAGAAAAGUAUGGGCAACAAGGUAGCUAAAAACAAAACGCCUUCUGUGUAUUCACCAAACAGUG